AUGGCUGAAUCAACGAGCAAUACUCAGUCAGACGAGAAAUUAACCGACCAACAAAACACCAUCACAGCCGGAGAGAUGCACUCAACCCCCAACCUCGUCCAGGGUAGCAGCCAGGCCCCGACCAAUCCACUCGACCAAGAAGUUGAGAAUCAAAAGUACCUCGAAGGGCGCCUCGAUAUCGACGAGAAACGCAAGAGAUUCGACGAGACAUCCUGUACUGUCGAAGAAAAGGAGCUAUCUGAGCUCUUCAGGAAAGGAUUGCUUGACGAUGGAAGCACGGGGCCCUUGAAGGGAGACUUCACCUUGAAUGAUCUCCCUCAGCUGAGCGGCGAUGAAGCAGCCAGUGUCCAGUGGAGGACAUCGAAACGAAAGGCAAAGGAGACGUCAAAAGACACUCGUGCGAUGAGUGGCCUAUCCGAUGAUGAAUUGGCCAGUGUUUUACAAGCCUGUCCGGACUUGGAGGACUUCAUCAAGAAGACCUAG